GUUCAUGUUCCUAGACGAACAAGUUAUUCCGACGUAAUCACUUCCUCAGGGAACUCGCGAAACGAAGGCAAAAGCCAUCGCGAGAGUCUCGGAAUUUCCUCUUUGAACGGAACCUGCUUCCAAGAUGUCUCUGGUCAUUCCUGAGAAGUUCCAGCACAUUCUUCGUGUUCUCAACACGAACAUUGAUGGUAGGAGGAAGAUUGCCUUCGCCAUCACAGCCAUCAAGGGUGUUGGCAGGCGAUAUGCCCAUGUUGUCCUGAGGAAGGCUGAUAUCGACCUCAGCAAGAGGGCUGGAGAACUUACUGAUGAUGAGGUUGAGAGGGUGGUGACAAUUAUGCAGAAUCCUCGCCAAUACAAAAUCCCUGACUGGUUUCUCAACAGACAGAAGGACGUAAAGGAUGGCAAGUACAGCCAGGUCCUUGCUAACGGUCUGGACAACAAGCUGAGAGAGGAUCUUGAGAGGCUGAAGAAGAUAAGGGCUCACCGUGGACUCAGGCACUUCUGGGGUCUGCGUGUGCGUGGCCAGCACACGAAGACCACCGGUCGUCGUGGUCGCACUGUUGGUGUGUCCAAGAAGAAGUAAAGUCUCCCUGCUCCCCAUGUGUCAAUAAAUGCACAGUUCAUAUUUGA